GAAGAUCAGGGGAUUUACCACAGUAAAGUCCGGGACAUGAUCAGCGACAACCAGUAUCGCCUCCUCGUCAGCAUCAACGACCUGCGGCGGAAGAAUGAGAAGAGGGCCAGCCGGCUCCUGAACAACGCCUUUGAAGAGCUGAUCGCUUUCCAGCGUGCCCUGAAAGAUUUUGUCGCCUCCGUUGAUGCCACCUACGCCAAGCAGUACGAGGACUUCUACAUCGGAUUGGAGGGCAGCUUUGGCUCCAAGCACGUGUCGCCACGGACGCUGACGGCCUGUUUCCUCAGCUGCAUUGUCUGUGUGGAGGGCAUCGUGACGAAAUGUUCUCUGGUUCGUCCGAAGAUCGUCCGGAGCGUCCAUUAUUGCCCAGCUACCAAGAAGACUAUUGAGCGCCGAUACACGGACAUGACCUCCCUGGAUGCUUUCCCAUCCAGCUCCGUUUAUCCUACGAAGGAUGAAGAGAAUAAUCCCCUGGAGACAGAGUUUGGCCUCUCGGUCUACAAGGACCAUCAGACCAUCACCAUCCAGGAGAUGCCUGAGAAAGCACCGGCAGGGCAGCUGCCACGCUCGGUGGAUGUCGUUCUGGACGAUGACCUGGUGGACAAGGUGAAGCCUGGGGAUCGCAUCCAGGUGGUGGGGACAUACCGCUGCCUGCCAGGAAAGAAAGGGGGUUACACUUCAGGGACUUUCAGGACUAUCCUCAUUGCCUGCCACGUGAAGCAGAUGAGCAAAGACAUCCGGCCUCUCUACUCUGCUGCUGAUGUGGCCAAGAUCAAGAGGUUCAGCAAGAGUCACUCCAAGGAUAUCUUUGACCAGCUGGCAAGAUCCCUGGCUCCCAGCAUCCAUGGACACGAGUACAUCAAGAAGGCCAUUCUCUGCAUGCUGCUUGGAGGGGUGGAGAAGGUCCUGGAGAAUGGGAGCCGCAUCCGAGGAGACAUCAACAUCUUGCUGAUAG